AUGACCAUGAAGCGUGAAUCAGCGAAAUCAAGUGAAGCUCCAAAGCGUCCGAAACAGUCUCGAAUCAGCGAAAUCAAAGUGUUGAUAGCGUUGGUCUCGUUUGAACUGCAGUGUGUGAUGAAGCAUACCUUCAGAGAGAUUGUUCGAUUCGGUGUGGAACGCUGGACGAGUGUACAACACGACUGUCAAUAUGGGAUUGUAUUGAAGUUCCUUUUUCCAAACAAUAAUAUAAGUGAAGGAUAUACGGUUAUAUCAGGGUAUUCCUUUGAAGUAAGAAACACGAGGGACAACGUAAAGAAAAAGACUGGAAGAAUCAUAAAACGUCACAGCCUCUUAGUUUCGUCGUCUGUCUCUGCGUCUGCUCUCGUCGGAGGAUACGGGACUCACAUCGUGGGCGGCCGCGAGAGGUUCCUGCAGGCGGGCUCCUCCCUGUCGCUGGAGUGCGUCGUGACCCACACCCGCGCCCCGCCCACGGCCGUCCUCUGGUACCACAACAGCGACGUCCUGGACUACGACUCUCCGAGGGGCGGCAUCGCUCUGCAGGUGGAGAAGUCGGGCGACCAGACGACCUCCUCGCUGCUCCUCUCCUCCGUCAGAGACUCCGACUCCGGCAACUACACCUGCGUCCCCGUCAACGCCCCCACCGCCUCCGUGUCCGUCCAUGUCAACAACGACGAGCUCCGGGCGGCGGUGCACCAGGGCGGGAUCAGCUCGGCUUCCGUCCUGGCUCCUCGGGGCGUCGGCCGGUCGCACCUCCUGCUGCUCCUCCUCCUUAGCUUCCUCGUCUGCUGUUUCUCUUCCUCCUCCUUUCCUUCGUCUUCUUGGUCGUCGUCCCAGCUCCUCCUGACGGUGGUCUCCUAGCCUCCAGGCCGCUCGACU